UGAGAGAGAAAAACUCACUGACUAAACACCCUGAGGAUGAACUCUGACUCCUGCCUUCGUCUCCGACUGAAAUCAAACUAACACUGAACAAGGAGAACAGAGAGAGAACUGAGCAACUAGACACUGAAACACAGACUGCUGCAGGAGGAAAAACAAGACAAUCAAAGUGAAAGUAAGUUCAGAAAGUUUCUACAGGAGAGAAACUGACUUCCUGGUUUGACUUUCUGUCUGCUGUGAUUUCAGCUUCACUCUGAGACAAAAUGGCUUCCAGAUCAGACGAUGAUCUCUGCUGUCCGGUCUGUCUGGAAAUAUUUAAGGAUCCGGUUCUUCUGUCAUGUAGCCACAGCUUCUGUAAGGAGUGUCUGCAGAAAUAUUGGAGAGACAAACCAGGAAGAGAGUGUCCAGUUUGUAAAAGGAGAUCUUCUAAAGGUCUUCCACCUUUUAAUCUGGCUCUGAAGAAUCUGAUUGAGUCUUUCUUACAGCAGAGAGAGCAGAGAGCUUCAGAGGAUCUCUGCUCUCUGCACUCUGAGAAACUCAAACUCUUCUGUCUGAACCAUCAGCAGCCAGUUUGUCUCGUCUGCAGAGAUUCAGAUUUACACACCAAGCACAGAUUCAGACCCAUCGAUGAAGCUGCUCAGCAUCACAAGAAGAAACUUCAGGAAACUCUGGAGCCUUUAAAGAAGAAGCUGGAGCUCAGGAAGAAAGUUCAGGAGGAGUUUGAUCAGACAGCAGAACACUUGAAGGUCCAGGCCCAACACACAGAGUGGCAGAUUAUGGAGCAGUUUAAGCAGCUUCAUCAGUUUCUAGCAGAGGAAGAGGAGGCCAGGCUGGCUGCACUGAGGGAGGAAGAGGAGCAGAAGAGAGGGAUGAUGAAGGAGAAGAUGGAGGCUCUGAGCAGAGACAUAGCAGCUCUUUCAGACACAGUCAGAGCCACAGAGGAGGAGCUGAGAGCUGAAGACGUCUCAUUCCUGCACAACUACAAGGCUGCAGUGGAAAGAGUCCAGCGCUGCCCCCUGCUGGAGGAUCCACAGCUGCCCUCAGGAGCUCUGAUAGACCAGGCCAAACAUCUGGGCAACCUGGCCUUCAACAUCUGGAGCAACAUGGAGAACAUGGUGACCUACACUCCUCUGGUUCUGGACCCAAACACGGCUGGUCCAGCACUCCAUCUGUCUGAAGAUCUGACCAAUGGGUGGAGAGAAGAGGAUCAACAGCUUCCUGAUAAUCCAGAGAGGUUUCGUUACUGUUGGCGUGCUGUUCUGAGUUCUCAGGGUUUUAACUCAGGGAACCACAGCUGGGAUGUUGAUGUUGGAGACAGUUCAUUCUGGAUACUUGGUGUGUUAGAAGAGUUUGUUCAGAGGAAGAGAAGGAUAGAGUCUGGAUUGUGGACUUUACAGUUAUAUUCAGGUGAAUACGACGCAUGUUCUCUAGUAGGUCCAACCCCUCGUCUCUCAGUCCAGAAGAAACUCCAGAGGAUCAGAGUGAAUCUGGACUGGGACAGAGGAAAGCUGUCCUUCUCUGAUCUGGAUACUAACACACACAUACACACCUUCACACACACCUUCACUCACAAGAUGUUUCCAUUCUUCGCCGCUGAUGAAACAUUAAAGAUCGUACCGAUGAAGAUCUCAGUGAUCAAGCAGCAGCUCUGAUGAUCUCAGCAUGAAGAUCACAAAGUCCAAAUAAAAACGUAUUGAUCAGAUUGAAACUGUGAGUUUUAAAGAGGAAACUGGAGAUGAUCUGAUCAUCUGGAGAUUCUUCAUCUCUGACUUUCCAACUAUUGUUUCCAUUCUAGCAGAAAUUAAUGUCAAUAUGUUGAAUUGAAUGCUGUCUAUUUGUAGCUGCUUAGUGAUAAAACUGAACUACUGAAUGAAUCUGAAAUGACCUUUUCAGUUACUUCUAAGUUUUUAUUUGUGUUGCUUUGACUAUUUCCCUGAUCAAUGCUGUGUUUAAACUUUCUAUCAUCACUUUUAUUAUUCAGUAAAUACCAGAAAAUACUGAUGGACCAUGUUGUCCAUCGUUAAUAACAGGAGAUUUUAAUCUGGUCUAGAGACUUUCUGUUCAGUUCAGUUCCAAACACUUUGGUUCAUCAGACCUUCAUAAUUAAGAGAUUAUCAUCCAGUUUGUUACUAUAAAGAUUUCAGAACAAUGAUAAACUCUACAUGAUGUUUGUGAAGCAGCAAAAACUGAAUAUUGUUGCAGGAGGGCAGCGUUAAUCUUUCAUUUCUGAUUCUUUAGUCUGAGUUUAGUUUUGGUUUUGAAACAAAACAGAGGAAGAAGUUUUGGACUUUUCAUCUCUGUAUAAUUUGUUUUCCAUUUUUAGGGAGACGAUGUAUGAAAUAAGUGCAGAACUGUAAUAAAUGUUAUUUCCAUUCA